AUGCCCAAACGGUCCAGAACGAUGGCCUCAGCUGCGGAGCAGGCGCUUGACGAGGCGAACGAGGUCAGACGUAAAAGGUUGCGCAUGGCAUUAGUCGUGGAGCAGGCCGUGGAGAAAGCGACUGGUCUACUGGAUGAGGUCAUACGUCAAAGAUUUCGCUCCAAGUUACUCGCAUAUUACGAACAGGAAUCGGCAAAGACGAGGGACAAGGAACAAGGUCAACACAGAGUAUCGCUGGGGUCGGCUACUUUGACGAGGAAGGAGAUAUCAGAAACCCUCAAAGGGCUGGUUGUCAUGUUGAACACGCAAAAGAAGCAAGAUCAGUCCGAAACAUCGCCAGAGCCGGAUAGAGUGUCUGGCGACGUUGACGAUGUUGACAUGGUCGAGGAAACGACAGCUGAUGGUGAUGGCGACAUGGAUCAGGACGAGGACGAGGACGACGACGACGACGACGACGACGACAACAACGACGACGGCUACUCUGACAGGGACAAGAACGAGAAGGAGAAAGCAAAUACCCCUGAGGAUGAGUACAUAUCAUCCUCGCCGUGGAGCGUUGGAGAUUCCUCAACUCCAAAGAACCCCUUCCUGGAGGAUUCGCCGCAAGUGGACUUGAUGGGUCCCUUUCACAACGAGCUCAACAACCGCAACCGUGCCAAUCGAGCUGUCGACCCCUUCCUCAGAGAUCCCGUAAGCCAGUCGCUCAGAAGCGAAGCCGACUAUGAGAACUACCACAAGCGACCGCGCAUCACCUUUAACAGUUAUGGAUGGAGACUAUGA